AUGAGCUCUGUCGGCAUUUUGUUUGGAGCCAAACAUUUGCGAUGUAAAGGGGCUCUGCUAGGUCGAGGCAGAUAUUGCGCAGCAAUUGUUCCUGAAAACGUGUCCGAAGAAAGUUCACGGCCGCGCGUUGACGCCACCACCUGCCGUCCCGCACCACCGUGCCCCUCUGUACCCCGCCAACGCUUCCGCACCCGCCAUCCACCUUUCGCGCUCUCACCUCGCGCCUACGCUGAUAAGCUCUAUCUACACCCAGCCUCAAUUGCCAAUAUCGAUCUAGGGCCUACAUUAAUUACGCAUCCGCCCGUCCCCACGAAAGUUGGCUACUGUGUUAUUUGCUAA